GUCGUCCCUCUCGCCUCUGCGGACGGGGCAGCAUGUCCGAAGCGGAGCAGCAGUUGGCGGCCGCCGCCGGCGCCACCCAGAACGGGCACGAAGCGGCCGAGAGCGCCGGAGAGCAGCAGGCCGAAACCGGCGGGGCUCCGGCGGCGGCGGCGGCGGGCGCAGCAGCAGCGGCGGUGGCGACGGCGGGAACGGCGGCUGCGGGAGCCGGACCGGCGGCGGGAACAGCGGGGGCGGCCGCCAGCCAGAACGGAGCCGAAGGCGACCAGAUCAACGCCAGCAAGAACGAGGAGGACGCGGGGAAGAUGUUUGUUGGCGGCCUCAGUUGGGAUACAAGCAAAAAAGACUUGAAAGAUUACUUCACCAAAUUUGGUGAGGUAACCGACUGUACGAUAAAGAUGGACCCUAACACAGGAAGAUCCAGAGGCUUUGGAUUUAUUCUCUUCAAAGAACCUGGGAGUGUUGAAAAGGUUCUGGAACAGAAAGAACACAGGCUAGAUGGACGACUAAUUGACCCCAAGAAGGCCAUGGCAAUGAAAAAAGAUCCAGUGAAGAAAAUAUUUGUUGGUGGACUUAACCCUGAAGCCACAGAAGAGAAAAUCAGGGAAUACUUCGGAGAGUUUGGAGAGAUUGAAGCAAUUGAACUUCCAAUGGAUCCAAAGACCAACAAAAGGAGGGGGUUUGUGUUCAUCACUUUCAAGGAAGAGGAUCCAGUGAAGAAGGUUUUGGAGAAGAAAUUCCAUAACGUCAGUGGAAGCAAGUGCGAGAUUAAGGUAGCACAGCCAAAAGAAGUAUACCAGCAGCAACAGUUCAGUAGUGGUGGAGGAAGAGGUAGCUAUGGAGGAAGAGGCAGAGGUGGAAGAGGCGGUGCUCAAAGUCAAAAUUGGAAUCAAGGUUAUGGCAAUUACUGGAACCAGGGUUAUGGGAAUCAAGGAUACGGCUAUCAGCAAGGUUAUGGUGGCUAUGGAGGCUAUGAUUAUUCAGGAUAUGGGUAUUAUGGAUAUGGACCAGGCUAUGAUUACAGUCAAGGCAGUGCAAAUUAUGGGAAGACACCAAGACGUGGUGGUCAUCAGAAUAACUACAAGCCAUAUUGAUCAAACUUAUUCAGGCCUGGCAGUGGUCACAGUUGAUGCCUACAAGCACUGGAUAUUCCACAAGUUGAAGACGGAAUACUGACUUGUUUACCUGAAGAUAAUAGGACUUCGGGGUAUUUCCUCAGAGAAAAUAUAAAUUUUAAUAUAAUUUCAUAAGCUUUGGAGGUUAGCUUGUCUUGUAGCUUCAGUGAUAUCAAACUUCUUCAAGUAGGAGCUAGAUAGAAAGCUGUUUAGUUUUUGCCAGCAUAUGUAAAACAAGACUUUUCUAUCUGCAUUGUAGAUUGUUUGUGGACACUUCCAGAUUCUUGUGCUUUCUGCAGUCAUUCUGGGGACUGAACUCUCAUUGAUAUCAGUAGAGGUUCCAUGAACAGGACACAUGCAGGAUUUUGAGCGUAGAAGCCCACAGUGUGGUUUGGAGUAGUGAAUUGCUUUUAGUUUGAAGAUGACUGGGGGAGAUGGGAAGAACAACUGUACAUUAAGGGAACAAUUACAGAUCUUCUUCCCGGUGACAUCAAUGAGAGAUUUGCCUUCAACCUUCCACAGAAGAAGAUUUUUUAGCUUUAAUUUGGGACAGUAAAGGGGUUUUUCAAAAGCACUAAAAGCCAGUGGGAGCUUGUUCAGCUGCUCCUUAUGCCUUUAAAAACCCCUACACCAAAAGUGAUAGCUAACAACAUGAAAUGGAAGUAAAUAAAAUGCAUUUUCAUUGCUGUUUUGAGUUACAUAAUUCUUGUUUCUUGAUUUGUUAGUUCAUCUGAAUUUACACGGAUUUAAUCUGUAUGGUGACCAAGAAAAUGGUCAGUAACUGGUAAAGAUGCAAAGUAUAGCCACAAAGCAAGCAAUGUGUAGGUGUAGACCCUAAGCAGCUAACAAAGACAGGUAACAAAAGUUCACUGCCUACAGCCGUAAGUCUUCUGUGUCCACAUCCACCAAGCUAGAUGGCCAUUUCAGCAUUUACCAGCAGAUAACAAAUGCUCCCAGCUGAUAAGCUCGAGGACAACUAGGACCCAGUGACAGAUAGGAACUCACAGACAUCAGUCAAACCUCAACCCUACCUGCGUGGAGCACUGAGCACGUUCCUCCCGUUCUUCAGAAUAUCAGAGCAAGAACUACCUUAGCGCUAGGUCAGCUUGUGCAGGGCAGAUUGCCCCUGGACGGUCGCAUCCCUCUCAAGUCCUCUCUGGCAGUAGCUGCCAUAAGAAACGCAGUGGAAGAAGGAUCUAACAGAGGGUUCAGAUCUACUCAAAUACACCAAAAAUGACUCCCUUCUGUAUUCUCUAAGAUCAAGGCCACAAAGAGCCCUUAAAUCAUCUGGUUUGAUAUCGUGGUCAGGCUCUUAAUUUCACCUAAGACUCCUACGCAGAGCCUAGCAACUUGUAUUGGGCUAAAGCAUUUCUUCCAGAAAUUUAUCUGUUAAAUCAAAAAGGCAUUAAAGUGAUGGGGAUUACAUCACUGGUCUGGUUAGGAUUAACCAGUCUCACCAUUAAAAAUCCAUGGCUUACUUUAUUUGAUUUUGUGUAGUUUCCGCUUCCACCCGUUGGAUGGAUAUUUGUACAUCUUUCUCUGUUCAAUUUAAGAACUUGUUAAUAUAAAGCAUCUCCUCCCUGUAAAAGAAUCUGAUUGCCUCUUGAUCUUCAUUGUAAGCUGUACAGACUUAGCUGUAAGCCAUUUUCUUCCUCCUGAGAUAAUUUUUUUAUGGCUUUUUACUGCACAAUCUCUUACUUUUUUCAACAUCUUAAAAAAUGUGAACAGUGGAAUAGUUUGCAAAUUUUUAAUUGAUCUCAAUGCCAUAUGCAGAUAUCAAAAUCAUAAUGCUCCUUUUAUUUGUUACCCUACUCUGCAUGGGAUGUGCCUGAGAUGAGGUAAUUUAAAGAAAGAGACCAAAAAAGGGGAGAGAAGGAGGAGGACAGGAGGACUGUGCAGAGUUACAGAGUUUACAAUUAAAACCAUGUAAACCAAGAAAAAUCAAAUGCAAGUGAACCCUACAAACCAAGACAAUUAAACACUCCAAGCUCCCACGUUUUGGGAACCCCAACAGCAACAUGGUGUGCUCUGUUGUUUUAAGAAAAGACUUCAGCAGAGCCCUCCCUGUCCUGCAACUCUCUACACUAAAAGUAUUACUAGGUUUUUGUGUUUUGAAAUUCUGCAGUGGCGGUUUCUUGGGGAAUUUGGGUUCCACAGUAACAAAGCGCUUGCACAUCUUCAGCCACAAACCCCAGAACAGGACCCAGAGGUGCUUCCUCUUGAGAAAAAAAAAGAAAAAGCUUUUCUUGAUAGUAGUGGACAUAACCACAGGUAGUGAAGGUUGUUCUGUUUAGCCAAAGAAUUGCUAUUUCCAUCAUAUCAACAGCAGGUAGCAAUGAAUGGAGCUUGGCUUUGUUUCCUCUGCAAGUUUUAAGUCCUCCUCUUGGUUGACCAGAUGGUAUACAGCAGCUUCUUUCAUUCUAGGGCUGCAUCCUUUUUUUCUUCUUUGUUUUCAGCCAGUUUUUUUCACCCUUUUAAUGUGCAUGUGCAAUGCAAAUACAGAGUUGAGAGCCAAAUUAGGAUAGGGAUUUCUCCCUCCUUCAUGCGAUCAGGCACACUAGGCAACACGCUGUCUCAGUACUGUUAGUUCACACAGCAACAUUAGUAGUGAGUACUGUUCAUUCCCAGCUACUGUCAUUGGUACCUUUAUCAAAUCCUGAUGUUAUCAUGCGUAUCGUACGGGUUUGGGAGCUUUACAGUAUUUUCAGAGUCCAUAAAUGACAAAAUCCAGUAUAAAAAAAGGUCAAUAUAUUACUGUUGAAAGGUUUUUUUUUUCCUUUUUUUAUACAAAAAUUAAAAAGAUCAAAAUAUAUCACAUUAUUUACAUAUUGUGCUUCAUGCUUAGAGAUCACUGAAAAAGAACACACAGACAAACAUUUUAAUCAAAGAGAAAUGAUCCAUUCAUUACACUUACUAAUCUUACUGUUAAUAUUAUGAUUGGCAUUCAGAUUUCUCUUAACAUUGACAGUACAUCCAAACGACUUACCACAGAAUUAAAAACUUUUAUAUGCUAAGGGCGUGCUCACAUUCUAACCGAGGAUUUGCAACCAGUUAGUAACAUGCUUGCUAUUAACUCAAACUGUGUCCACAUACCACAUGUUUGAAACUGGGUUAGUAAUUCCACUCAGCUUCAGUGUCACACCCUUGUCGGAGAAUGAGGUUACAGCAUCCUCCUACAAGUCUGGAUCAAAUCCUUAUUUUUCAGAGGGGACACAUCUCUCCUCAUUCUCCCGGGCUGCCUUUAGCGCUUACAACCCCUGGCUGUUCUGGGUGCAUGAGACAGUACGAAUUACCUGACCACCUGCACCCAGAUUUACUGAUUCGAGCACCGAAGCAGCGUAGUGGUUGUGGGUUAUAAUUACAAUGGCAAAAAAGUCUUUGGAAAUAAAUGUUUUGUAACUGCCACAAAGAGGUAACCCACUUAAGAGUCUCAGCUAGAGGAUAGGGGCUGAGUAAGUCACACGAGCACUUUUUGCAGAGUGGUGCAGUCUUUGCAUGAGCGGUUCCUAAACUGCCUGGGCUAUAAUAAAAGCCUAGCCUAAGCAAGCCUGAAAAGAGGCAUUGCUACCGACAGUAUUAGCAAGAAUGAUUUUUCAUGCUUUGCAAGUUUUUGGAGCGGUGUUCCUAGCACCAGUCUACAGCUGUGGGGAACAAGACAUGAAGCUAGAUGGAAUCCUGCUCUCCCAAGGCAUGACGUUAUGUCUGCCAGGCAUAUAACCUGUUGCUUAAAGGAUGUGCAGCAGUGCAAACAGUCACCAUGCAGCAAACAAAAUUACUCAGGACCUGCUCAAGCAUAUACAAUUAUUAU